UAGCUGAUCUUAUAUUUUCUUUUAUUAAGAAAGACUAAAUAUCUUAGUUUACUUUUCUUGUUAUGCAGCAGGUCACUUACUGUAGAUUUUAAUCUUAGUUGGUUCUUAUAUUUUCUUUUAUAAAAAAAGGCUAGAUAUCUUAGUUUACUUUUCUUGUUAUGCAGCAAGUAACUUACUGUAGAUUUUAAUAAAAAUAAAAAAAUAAUCAUAAACUUAGCUGAUUCUUAUAUUUUCUUUUAUAAAACAGUUUUUUUACUGGAGUUAUCUAAUAAGACUUCAGGAAAGUGGAAAGGGGAAAGGUUCCCACAGCGGAAGCUCCACAAUGUCUUGUUCCCGCUUUCAGGGAACCGAGGUUAAGACAGUAACCGGAGAUGUUUUCUGCCAGCCGCUGCACUGAUAGACCAAGAGAAAGACGAGCUGUGUCGGCAAAGCAAAACGUCACUCUCGGGGGGCUGUGCCGGCAACAUUUUCUACUGCUUAAAAGCUAUAAGUUAAUAAUAUAAAACUAUUGUUUGGCACUUGGCGGGUCCGGAACAAAUCCCCUUCCGGUCCUUAUUGAUUGACAUUAGCGUAUGACAUAUGUAUCCUUAUUGCUGCGCAACGUUUCAUGAACCCCUGAUAUUAUCGGACAUUGCGAUAAAGUCGAUUAUCUAUCUUUUUUUAAACACAUCGCCCAGCCCUACACAUCAUGACAGAAAAUGUGUGUGUAACUCUGACCUGGCAUCGAAUUAUAUAAAAAUAAGUCCUAGGGUUUCUAAUUAGAAGUACAAGUUUUUCACAAAAGUGACAAAUACAAAACAAUUGCACAACGUAAUGAGAUUAAAGCAAUUUUAAAAGUAUGUAGACUAAAUAAAUAAAUGAAUGAUCAAAUAUAAAUAAUGAAAAUGCUGAAAACAUAGUUUAACCCUGUUAACUUUGAUUUAAACGGAAAAAAGCAGCACCUAAGCUGUCUUUAAACUGAUGUGGAUCAGAGCAGCAUAUAUCUAAUAAAACAUAUCGUCGCUGUCGGGCGGAAUCCUUGCAUCUCCAAAACAAUAAUUUUUCAGGAAAUAAAAAAACUGCAUAUUUUUUUAAUUACUAAACAUUGUAUCGUUAAAGUUGGUAUUAUACCUUAUAUUGCUAUCAUAUACUAGUGUGUACCAGCAUUAACCAAACAUUUCCCUAAAAACAUGCUUAAUCGGAGAUACAAGGUUUAUGACUUGGGAGCAGGGAGAUACAAGAUUACGCUGUAAUUGAUAAGUAUGGUACGGACACAAACGAUUAAACUACAAGAUUGAAACAAAAUCAGUGAUGCUUAUAAUUACCCUUUAUGUUGUUAUCUUGAUUAUUACUUUCAGAUAUUAGAAAACAUUUUUGCAUGCUACAAAACAAGCUGAGAAGCGUUUAUGAAUUAUUUUAUUGCUGUUUUGAUUCCCUAAGGAACAUACAAAUCAGUUAUUCAAAUGAGAAAUGUAUAGAAAACAUAAAAGAACAUCAAACAUCACUCAAUGGCUUCAAGUUAUACAGAAUUUGAUUGGCUUAACACAAAUUUGAUUGGCUGUAAAGCUGCAGCAGAGUGAAAACACUGUCAUCCACAUUCGUUCAUUUUCACCUCAUCUUAUUUUAAUUGCGACUGUCGUUUUUACUAUGCAGGGACUGCUUUUCCUCUUUUGUCUUGAAUUUGGAGAGCAGUUUUUUGUCAUUUUCUUCCAAACCCUCUGUUAAUUUCCGACCCUGAUGUAAACAAUGUAUGUUGGGAACCGAUACUAUCUGUUAAUGGAGCCUAACUUUAACUUACACAAUGAAAAGUUGUUUAGGAAUCCUAAAGCCAAGGCUAAACAGUGAAACUUAUUUAGACACGAUGCUUCCUUCCUUUUUAUGCAUUUCUACAGUUCGUAUAAAGUAAACCUGCUAAGAAUGUUAAAAGAAAUAGGGGACCUCUCGCAACAAUGUUUAUAUUUAUCAAAGGUUUGAAAAUGCUUGGAAAACUUUACAUUUAUGCAACAUUUAAAUGUACAUUUAAAAAAAGUUUUUCAGUUCUAAACAAAGUAAUGAUAGAGAUAAACGCAGUCUCGCUUGACUUUUGUUUGCUGUGACGUCACGUGCAGGCCUGCCGCCAAACAUCAAAAUAAAAGCUUUAGUCAAUGAGAGGUGAAAUCAGAAGUCAAUCAACAUAAGUAGCGAUUCAAAUUUUAGGGUGUGUCAGGGGUGUUAAGUUCACCCUGGACCCACCUCUGGCUCCAUGUGGUCGGUGGUAGCAGGGUUAUGCAGUAAAAGAGCAGAAGUUGGAUCGCUACAGCAGCCUAACGUUACUUCAGUUCUGAAGCGUGUGUACAGACUAAACUUCCCUGACUUUUACAACAAGUCAACUGAAAGUGUCAUGUGCACUAAUAGAUGAAACAACAGAAAAUGUGUCGAGUUUGUUUGUGACGGCUUAUGACUUUAGAAAAACGUCAAUAUAUUCAUGAGCUAAGGCAGCUGACACUUUUCAUAGCGGACUUGGAAAGCAUCACCUCAGUUACAGCAGCCAAUAUGAAAAACAUUUUUAUUUAUUCUUUUUUUUCAUGUUUUAUUAAAUUAGAAACAAAUACAAAAUAGCUUUUAAUAUGAAAAGAUCUCCAUGUAGAACGCACUGAAAUCUAUGUAAGGUUAGCCUUUAACUCCACGUGCAAGCUUUUGCGACAUUAGAUUAAAUCGUGAAUGUGCGGAUGUAAACAGGACACAUUGUUAAUGAUGCGUGCCGAAACAGGACAUGAUAACAUAUAUUAUUGCCGGAGUGUCACCGGAAACCCAGUGAAGCGGGUUCGAUAGUAUCGAAAGCUAACAGUAUCACAAUUCGAUUGCUUUGGUUCGCCCUCUUAAUAUUAAACCGCCGAUAAGCGAUAAAUAAGCGCCGUCUGGUGCUAAAUUAACGCCGAUCAACGUUAAGUUAACGUCACAAUAACAUUUGCGACUUUAUUCUCGUAACAUUUCGACUUUAUUCUCGAAACAUUUCAACUUUAUUCUCGAAAUCUUGGAUUUUGUUUUUUUUACGUGGUACUAAAACGCCGUUGUAGGAAACAGAGUAAUUCCUCUGCAAUGGAAAACAUCACCUCUCAUACUACAAACAAAAACAAUACAUCAAUCCAAAGCACGCGAAUUGUGAUACUGUUGGCUUUCGAUAGGAAAGACAUCUCCGGGCGGCUCUCUUGGAACAGCCUCUUCUUAAAGGUACAGUGUCAAAAUCCCAUGGCCCGCGACUAGUCGACAUCAAGCUUUAAAGGUUGCGUCAGCUCAUUAAUGUCGACUAGGUCGUGCAACCCCUGGUGCAUAGUACAAAAGUCACCCACAACUUCCAGAAUGCAAUGCGGUAUUCAUUUUAUUAAUGCAAAAGACAAGAUUUCGAGAAUAAAGUCGAAAUGUUACGAGAAUAAAGUCGAAAUGUUACGAGAAUAAAGUCGAAAUGUUACGAGAAUAAAGUCGAAAUGUUACGAGAAUAAAGUCGAAAUGUUACGAGAAUAAAGUCGAAAUGUUACGAGAAUAAAUUCGAAAUGUUACAUUUUACAGAAGUAACGUGAAAUCUGUAAUAAGUGAUUAAUGGUGUUCUAUUUAUUUCUCUGGUGAGAUCUUGAGAGAUUUCUUGUGUUCAUCUGUUAUUUACACUUGAUGUUCUUAUAAAGGCCAUUCAGAUGAAGUAAAACAGCAAAACUUAUACCAGCCGAACCAAGUUUUCUAUCAUAGCAGCAGCGCAGAUGAGUUUAUAGUUGUUUGCCUGAAUGAGCAAAGGAACAGAAAAAUAUUAUAUUGGCUUCACCCUAUUCUUGAGAAGAGAAAAGAGCACGGGGAGUUUAAUAGAUCGAUCCAGGAGUUACCGUUUUCAUUGUUACUUCAGGACGGUAAAUUAGUUACCAAAUGGCGUUUGUAUCGCAGCUGUACUAUUUAAACAGUUGUAAAAUAUGUGUAAACUUUACUUGAUUGUAUUUGAUGACUUUUAUCUGGACCGCCAACCCGUGCGUAAGCGUCUUGACUCCGGUGCCGGGAACAACACUCGCCGGUUCCACUGACCCGUGGCCGACACCAUGCAGCAGAGUGACCCUGCAACCAGGUGAGAGUCUCCGUCCUGCCCAGGAACGCUCCUCUCUCAAGCCCAAGCCCCUGAAAACUCUUUUCUACUAUUUGCCCUUUAUGCCCCAAGAGAGGAGCCUGCAGUCAAUGCACAGAGACUCACUCACACAGGGUCAAACAGGUUUUCUACUGGUACCCCCAAUAUAUUUGUAAGAUCCCAUACUACAACGUAACGUGUGAAUUGUAUUGUUAUAUAAAAAGUGUUUUAUGGACAAAUCAAACAAUUAUCAAGGAAUGAUGGAAAAGACUUGGAACAUAUUGUCAUCCAACCACACAUUUACAUUUAUUCCUUUUUCAGACGCUUUUUUCCAAAUCGACUUAUAAGUUGGAGAGCAUAUAAACAUUUUGUCAACACACUAAACAGUACUGUUAGUUUACAAGGCCAUGCAGGAUUAAAGCUGGAGUUAACAAAGGACAGAAUGUGUUUAUAGAUGAUGUGGCAGAAAACAGAAGCAGCCGGAUGAAUUCUGAAGUGUAUAGAAAUAUGCUGUCGGCCCAGAUUCAGCCAAAUGCUGCAAAAGUUGCUUCACCAUAUAGAUGGGUGAUGAGAUCUGUUUGGUUACUGACAUUCCUCGUCUAUGGAGCAACAAGAGGGUGAGUAAAUGAUGACAGAAUUUGAAAAUAUCUCUUUAAAUGCAUUUAGAAAAACCAGACAUCAAGACAUGGGUGUGGGUGAUUAAGGCUUACUAGUCCAGCAAUAGUGAAGUGGGGAGUGCCCUCUAGUGGAGCAAACAAUCACUACACCAGGCAGAAGUUACACAUGCAAAGACAACAUGACUUGUGGUUAGACACAAAUAUGUGUUCAUAGUCUUUAGGGACUAAAAAAGUCAGUUUAGCAAUGAGCUGAAUGGGGCAAUCAUCUAAACAAUUGUUUGUCAGUACCCAAGAGUGAUGAGUUUGUGACCGUAUGAUCCGCAUAGCCCAGGGGUGUCAAACUCUGUUCGAGGGCCAAAGGCCUACAACAUCUGCACAGUUUAGAUCCCACCCUAAUCAAACAAACCUGAUUCAGCUAAUAAUGAAGAUCUUCAGGAUUACUAGAAACUUCAAAGCCGGUGUGGCUGGAGCUAAACUCAUUGGACUCUGGCUCUCCAGGAACAUUUCAGUACAUGCAUCCAUCACAUGAUAGUUUGGUAGUAAUUUAACCGCAUCACAUGCAAAAUGUACUUAAAAUGUUGAUAGAGAUUAUUUAGUUUCUUGUCCUUUGAUUUUUGUUCUUUAUAUAAUUGUAAUUCAGUACUGUUCCCUUUUUAUGAAUAUUAAUUAGAAAAACUCCUUGUGUGUAUGAAUGUUAUCCAAUUUGAACAAAUAAUGGAAGGUAGUGUUCUGUCUUAACUUGAUAAUUUGACAUUUACAUUACAUUUAGGCAUUUUGGCAGACGCCUUUAUCCAAAGCGACUUACAUUGCUUUUAUCCUAUAGAAUUUACAUAGGUAUUUGCAAUCCCCUGUGAUCGAACCCACAACCUUGCGUUGUUAACACAAUGCUCUUACCACUGAGCUACAGGAAAGCUGUUGACCAAAAAAUAUUUUUUUCCUCUAAUUUGAAUGAAAAACCAGGCAUGUUCAUUAUUUUAGACCUUAUGAGGGGUCAGGGACCACCCCGCCCCCCCUGAAUUUCAAACCCCGCAUACAAGUAGUAACGGAAAUAGAGAUUACAAGUAGUUGAAGGAAAAUGAUCAACAGGGGCCGGUUGCAUAAACUGCCUAGACUAGUCUUAGAAGUUAGUCAUCAAAGUUUUUUCUUCAAGACUGGUCAUGACUUCUUCUUUAAAUCAGUUACAUAAAAAGGAAGAUUGGGGAUAUUGAAAUAUGAAAAGUAAGACUGAGUAGUCCUAAUGAAUUGCUAAUCAGUGAGGCUAGUUUUUAAGACUCGGCGAAGUUUAUGCAGCUGGGCCCAAUUGUUUCAGAGAGUUUGUAUAAUGAUGAUAUGAGAUGCAAUGGAUGAUUUGAUGUUUUUUUCUUUUUGGGAUGAUUUAUUUGUACACUCUUUGUCAAUUGAUUUGUUUUUGUCCAGUCACAGGCUCUGAGUUGUGGGCGGAGCCAGCAGUCUGAACUUUCUCUAAUGUGAGAAUGGGACGGCUCAGCUGUCACCUCUGAGAACGUCACCCACUCCCUCACACCCUGAUGAGCACAACUGAGGUUAAAUAUAGAUCAGCAGUGCACUGAAUGAUAGUGGAAACAUAACAAGAGUUUAUUCCUCCGCCCUCUUCACUAUCAGUAUUCAUGACUCGGAGGUUUCACAGGCCCUCGGUCAGCCUUUCUCUCAUGGUUUGAAGUGUGCGUGUGUGUGGAGGGGGGGUUUGGCACACCUGCUGCUCAAUAUAGCACCACCUUACAGAGGAAAGGUCUAAGAGACACUAGUAAUCUGCAGAUAAUGGGUUCUUUUUGAAGGGGUGACACUGAGAGAGAGUUUAAACAAGAGCAUAUGUCGUCCGGUGGAUUAUUCGACCUGUAGGAUUCAGAGUCACUGUGGGUAAGUGUGUCUUAUUCACUUUAGUAGGACGUUUGUGUGAAUAUUCUGUAGGAUCUGCAUGUUCUGGUCUGUCUUGGUUAGUUGACAUUACACAUCAAGCAGACAAUGUGUGACACUGCAUCUUCAACUAUAUUUGAAUGUCGUAUUUUCACAUUUUUAUCAUUCUUGAGCAAUCAAUUUACAUUUCAAUUUUGUAAAUCAUACCGCUAAGUAUUUAGGUUGCAAAAAUGAUUUUCCAAAGGAAACUGGAUAGCUUACCGGCUUCAUUUUUAUACAUAAAAUGUUCAUGGAUGGGUUAUUUACAUGUGUGUAUUUUGGAGACAAUGUAUCGAAAGUGCAUUUAAAGGGAUAGUUCGCUUAAAAAUGUUACACGCAUUAUUCCUAAAAAUUUUCUUUGUGUUUGAACCACGAUUUUUACAUGUUUUUAGCAGUGGGAGUAACUGUUUGUAAGAUGACUUAAUGACUUAUGAUGCAUCUAAGUAAUUCAGAAUAUUCGAAAGCUUUACUUUUUCUCAUUUUUGAAUGGGGUCAAAAAUAAUAGUUGGUUUCCCAUGUUAUGGUUUCAUAUUGACUUAAAAAUUGUGUAUAUAUUAUCGGUGAAUCAAGACAUUAACAACUAUCUAACAUAAUCGAUAGUUAACCAAAAAAUUUACAAGUCUGUCAUCAUUUAUAUGUCAUGUGUUUGUUAACUUGUAUGUGACUUUUCUGUGAAACACAAAAGAAUAUAUGUUGAGAAAUGUCUGAGUGGUUUUGUGUUCAUACAAUGGAGGUCAAUUGAGGCUAAUGCUGUUUGGUUAUCAACAUUCUUCAAAGUAUCUUCUUUUGUCUUCUACAGAAGGAAGAAAGUCAUACAAGUUUGGAAUGAAAUAAGGAUGAGUGAAUUAUGUUUUUUUUCCUUAUUUGGCGGAAGUGUUAGACUGAAGGCAGGUACUGCUGUUAACUACAAAAUGGCAAGAAUAAAAAAUGGAGAUAUUAUCAAUAGAAUGUCCGUGUAUGCAUAAUCAUUUUUUUUAUCCGAAAUUAUAAAAGAAGAAUAUGCUCAUGAGAACAUCCGACUUCUUGGCUCUGUGGAUGACGACAAUGUUGAUGCCGCUUUCCAGUCAAAUCUGAAAGAAAUUGUAUUUAUUCGAUUGUCACCAAAACAUUUGUUUUUUUUAAGUGUGAAGAUUAAAUUCUGUAAUACACAGGCUAGCAUUGGUUAAUAUCAACAUUUUUGUGUGUUUACAGCAUGUUUAGUGUGUAAAAUGUGUUAAAGUGAACGUUUAUCAUAAACUCCGAUCAUCUUCCUCCAUGCCAACAAGAUCACGUGGCAUCAUAGACCCACAAGUGGUCUGUCAAAAGUUUUUUUGUCCAACCAUUGGGAUUAUGUGGAAACGUCAUAUAGGAUAUAGCACAUCUGAAUCGUAUUUUCGGUACAAUAGGAGAAUUAGGACACAGGUUCAGUAUUUACUGUAUUUUCUCAUCCUGGUGUCAUUUACGACCUCUAUUAAUAUUAUGACUUGUACUUGAACUUCGUAUACUUACACUGCAGCACUUUGAAGUGUCCUUUUAAAGCGCAUUCGAAUGAUGUCACGUAACAAGAGAUGCUCUCGUCCCUUGGUUUUGGUUUACUGGUGAUAUACUUCGUAUCCUUUCUUCAGCAGUUCAAACAAACUGUCUGAAGGGCUUCUGUCAAUACCUGAUAUUUCUUUAGCCAUUAUAUUUUAAUUUAUAAAUUGUAUAAUGUUAGAGGAGUAUGUUAAUGAUACGUGACGUGAAUGAGAGGUUGGAGUGGUUAAUGUCACUUGCACUUGCGAGUAGUGACCAGCACACUACAAGUUGUAAUUCGGUAUGACAACUGACCCGGUCCAACAUGCCUGCAUACAUCUCGUCUGGUCAGAGUCACCCUUUGCAGAUGCCAUGAGACGUUCAGCGUGAUCAUGUGAGAGGUCCAGUAAAACCUUUCAUUUCUUCAGUGGCAGCACAGGAAUGUGGACUUCAGACAGCUGCUGGCACCAGUUGUGUUUUUUCUUAUCUUCAAGAGACUAAAAUAGGAGCCCGUAUCACUGCCAUGGACUAAAAGUGAACUAACUCUUCUGUGAGGUUGUAAGGAGGAAGAAAAUGAGGUCCAUAGACAGUACAGCAGACAGCCCUGUGAAUGAGAUUCUGAUUGUCACCCAAACGUCACAUGACAUCACAGAGGAAGAGGAUGGAAGAAUAAUGGAUAUUGAGAAAAGUAUUAAAGUUAAAUCCACAGAAGAUGAGGAGAAGACUGGAACUGAUAAUGGUGAGAAAUCAGUACAGAAAGAUGGACAUUCGUUUGGCUUGAGAGAUCUGCCUAAAGAUGAUCUUCUUAAAGUCCUGGGGAUCAUGGAAGGAGAGAUUCAGGCCCGGGAAGACGUGAUCCGUCUGUUGCGGUCUGAGCUGUUGAGCCGACCAGAGAAACUGGAGUCACGCUAUGGCUCGGCAAGGCCGAUCAGACCCCUGCAGGCCUUGCAGAGAGACGCUGUGCUCAGCAGUGACCGAACACACCACCACAAUGUGUCUGAAAAGCCAAUGGCUGAGCUGGAUAGAUUACAAGAUAAACACAAGGAGUCGUAUCAGCGCAUGCUGGAGCAACUGUUGCUGGCGGAGAAGAGUCACCGGCACACCGUUUAUGAGCUGGAGACCGAGAAACGCAAACACGUGGACUAUAUGAAUAAGAGCGAUGACUUCACCAACCUACUGGAGCAGGAACGAGAGAGGUUAAAGCGGUUGCUGAAACAAGAGAAAGCUUACCAAACGCGAAAGGAAAAAGACUUUUCUAGGCGCAUGCGAAGAACAUCUGGCGAGCUUGUUAAACUGAAAUCCUUUGCCAUGAUGAUGGUUGAUGAGCGAGAACUCCACUUAGAGAAGAUUGACAAGCAGAGCAACAAAAUUAAAGACCUCCUUCAGAAACUCCAGGAAAAGGAGCAAAAACUUGAUGAAGCAGAGAGAAAGAAGAAGGAGGACAGUCAGAAAAUUUUGAAUCUUGAGGUUGAGCUAGAGCUCAGAACCUCCAAGUUUGCGAAAGAGGAGGAAGAAAUGUCUGCAAAACUGUCCUGUCUGGAAUCUCAACAUCAGCAGCUUGCCCACAAACAAAUCGAAUUGUCAUGCAAAAACAAGGAGCUUGAAGAAACCAAUAAUGUUCUUCAGAGAUCAGCAGAGAAGCUCCAAGAACUGAGAAUGGACGAGUGCGGCAACUUAAAUCUAAUGGCAGAACUAGAGACGUUGCACAAGCGCAUUCUUGAAAUGGAGGGCAAGGAUGAAGAGCUCACCAAAACUGAGAACAAGUGUGAUGAGUUGAAAAAGAAACUUCAUGCUGAGGAUACCCAUAAUAAGGAGCUGAGACUAGAGCUGGAAAGAAUGCAAGAGAGAAUGACAGAGUUGGAAAAACUCGAGAUGACCUUCAAUACGAGCAGGGCUGAAUAUUCCCAGCUGCAAGCAGCUUUAGAAAAAGAGAAAAGCCUGACAAAAGACUUGACGAAUGAAUUAGUGAGCCUUAAAAUCCGCAUGAAGGAACUUGAGUCAUCUGAGCUAAAACUGGAAAAGGACGAAUUGGAUUUAAAAGAAGAUCUCAUGAAACUCAAGUCGGUUACUGUUGUCAUGGUUAAUGAGCACAGGAACAUGGCAGACAGAAUCAGAUCUGAGGAUAAAAAGAAAGAGGAACUGAUGAAGCUGCAUAAGUCAGAGCAGGAGAAAGUAAUGGAGGUCACCGAGAGACUUAUUGAGGAGAGCAAGAACCGCCUGAAAUUGAAAUCAGAGAUGGAGUUGGAGAUAACUAACCUUGUCAAAGACAGAGAUGGGAUUAAGGACAAGUUUACCACUGCUGAAGAGAAGUGCAAGGAUCUACGAGCCAAGCUUGGUACGAUGAAGCACACUACUGCUACAAUAAAUGAAGAACAAAGGGAAUCUACUAAAAAAGCAGUACUUCAUAGUGUCCCGGAUGCAUUUGGAAAUGAUGCCAAUAAAGUAAAAGAGCUGACUUUGGAGAUUGAACAGAUGAAGAACCGUCUCCAUCAUCUUGAAGCUCAUGAGGGAGAUCUUGUCAAAUCAGAGGAGGAGUGCGAAAUGUUGGAAAAGACAGAGCUAGAAAAGGCUAAACUCCUAUCACCACAAGUAAAUAAAAAAGGUAGCCAUGAGGAUGAAUUGCGACGCUGGUUCAUACUGGAGGAGAUCACAAACAGAGACCUUCAAGCGGACAUGCAAGCCUUAAAAGAGAAGAUUCAUGUGCUCAUGAGCAAAGAAGAAGAGUUUUCACAGCUACAGGUGGACUACUCUAUGCUGCAACAAAGAUUCCUGGAGGAGGAGGACAAGAAAAAGAGCAUAAGCAAUGAAGUUUCAAACCUCACCAAAGAGCUUGAGGUCACCAAGCGCCACAGUCGCACCCUGCGAACCUGCACCAAGGGAAGCAAAAUGAUGGAAGUUCCAAUGACGUCUACCGGGGUUCAAACAGAUUUGAUCGAAAAGAAGACAGCUGAUAAUGACUCCCCUGCCGCGUUCAUCAAGAAGUCUGUUCAGGAAGAGAACCGCAUCAUGAGCGGUCUUCAACAAAAGAGCUUGAAGAAGCCCCAGCAGAGACCGACAGUGCGAGAACUCUAUCCUCCGACAGACCUUACCGUGAAGAAGUCCUGGAUUCCUUGGAUGAAGAAGAAAGACAGCAGUGUUUCUGAAAUAUCUUUGGGUACUGGUGAGGAGUCUGUACUUUGUGAAGUCAACACGUCCAAAAGUGUUCAAGUGAUCCCAGACCUUGGGAACAGCGAGGCGACCCUGCAAACCAGAAGUUCCUGUUCCGAUGACUCGAUAAAAAGAGCCACUGCUGCGCAAUCGCAAGCCUUUCAAAGACCUCAGACUACUAUCAUUCCUACAAAUGACAGAACAAAAGAGCCAAAUAAUCCAGAGAGAGCUAGAUCCCCUGUGGCCAUAGCCACCAUCUCAAGAGUAAAGAGUCCAGGGACUCUGAGCUCUCCCUGUAUUGGCAGAUCUUUAUCACCUGUACCCAUAGCGUCUAACAACAGCUCCCCAGAGCCGGUUGAUAUGAUAACAGGCAGAGCCGUAUUUAAAGUGACUCCUGAGAAACGAAUGGUUCCCACACCGAUCAAGAAGUGUAGCUCACAUGCUAAUGUUGUGACCACAGAGGACAGUAAGAUUCACUCAGGAUCGCAGUUCAAGAAGUCCACAGAAAACCAUGGAUCAGUUGUCAUGCCCAAAUGUCUAACAUCUGACAGUAAGGAAGCUUCUUUCGGAAGUGGGCUGCGGUCAGCACCCAGUGUAACUGUCAGCAAAUCGAUGUCCAAACUCACAAGCAGCCUCAGCAUCACGCAGGUCACAAAAGCACCAGCCAGACCGACACUCUCAGUGCAACCUGUUCUUGAUUCCCCAUCAGUACGAUCAGGGUUAACUCGUAUUCCUAUGUCUCGAGGAAUGAAGACUGGUAAAGCAGUGCUUGGAGCUCUUGGCAUCGGCACAAGUGUUAAAAUGGAAACACAUGCGGAGAACCAGACCAUGAACACUGAGCUGAAAAAAGCAACUUUAAGCAAUGGACCCAGUCAAGGUGGAGGGAAGGGUUGAGAAGAAUAAGUCUAUGGAAAAUGAUUGCACUUCAGUGGGUUCUGUAAACGUUACAAAAUACAGCUGUGCAAAAGAGGAUACUUGUUUUUCGGUGCAUUGCAGGUUGUGAAAGGGUUUGGCAACCUUGGCAAGCAUAGGGUCCAGGUUGAUGUGGUUAGCAAAGACAGUUAGCCUACCCUGCUUGUGUUUGCCAUAACUGCAUUAUUUUCUGGCAUGGCCACUAGUUGUCAUAAUUUCUCAGUGAAUUUUAACCAGUUGUACAAUUAUUUACAAUUAAAGGACAACUGGAAACUAUGACUGUACCAUCACAAUGAUUAUGUGUCUGCAGUACUUGUUCAACAGUAAUAGUGUGAUGUCACAGUGCUGUCACUUCCCAGCAUGCACUUUCACUGGUUUACUUUUGUAUUGUUGUUUACUUUG